AUGCCUUCAGUAACUGCAUAUGCGCUUAUCUCUAUAGUCUUUACAAUCGACUAUUUUUUAGGGUUUCAGGCCCUAUUUAUGCCUAACUGGCUCGUCUAUGUCUCUCACAUUCCCUUUACGUCAGAUAUACACUAUGGGCUGUUCAAAAAAUGCUCUUCCGUAAAAGGCUGUUCUCCAUUCCCCUCGCCCGAGAAUAACGAUUGCGACGAAGAAUGGUUCUGUGAAUUAUGGAAUGCAGCUCGUUUUGCCGUUUUAUUUGCUACUUUCGUUGGAGCCGUUACCUGGCUUGCUCUCUUGGUAGUAAUGCUAGGUGGCCGAGGAAAAAGAGAGAGAAUGUGGGGUAGUAUUGCUGCUUGGCUUAUGUUUCAUGCUUUCUUCCAAUUCAUAGCUGUCGGCCUGAUUGCAUAUCUGUUUAACAAUUCUGACCGAUUCUAUAUGGGUUACAAAUAUGAUACGGCAUUUAUAUUUGCAACGAUCUCGGGAUCUUUCAGCGUAAUGCUAUCAAUAUCUUUAGUUCUCAACGGUAUCUUAACCCCAUCUGGAUAUGAUUACUUGGAUUGA